CGCUUUUUUGCAAGUUUUACUCAUAAUGUCUAUCAAAAUGAAUAAAGUUCAACUUUCCAAAGGAAUUCUGCAGAUGAAAUUUAUGUCCCGAACGAAAGAAAAAUUAGAAAAAGAAGCAGACAAUGAAAGAGGACGAGCGCUCUAUGCCAGUGAAAUCACCGAUAAAAUGUUAAACGAAACUAUCAAGUAUGUGAUCGAACCCAGUUAUGUGCCAUGUGAAGAUCUGAUCGAAGGCAGAGUAAGCUAUGGAGGAAUAAACCCGGAAAUAGAGCGAAUUAUUGAAAUCGAAUCUGGAGAAAAUUCUUUGAAACGAGAGCAAGAGGAGGCUGCAAAACAGGCAAAGAUGCAGACGGACGUACCAGACGCAGAUAUGGCUAGGUUCUAUUCUAGUGUGGUACACACCAUUAACAAGAAAUAUGAUAAUCAUCGAAAAAGACUACAACACCCGUUACCGUUGAAUAUAAAACGUGGCCCGAACCGUAAAUAA